AUGCUUGGCUCUACGAAACUUCAGUCUACUACUUGCUGCCAUCCGGGUGAUCCUACCUCUAAAUUUACCCUCAUCGAAAUACCGGGCUUCAACACCACUAACCAACCACCCACCGACACCGACAUUCUAGUAGAGGCUGUGGAGUUUUUGAAAAAGAACGGAAUUUUAUAUCUGCAGCAGAUAAAACAACAACAACCUCAGGUGCUAACGGAUUUGCUCGUUAAUGACGUUACGAAGGAGAACCUGCUUGAAGUCUUCACCAUCCACGGCCAAUCUUCUGGUGGCAGCUCCGAACAGGGAAAGUUAUGCUUUCAGAUAACCCCAGGAAAAGAAAUUUCUCAGCAAAGUGAAUCUGCGUGGGAGAUCAUCGACAAGGUCUAUAAAAAAGUAGGAUGCAAGAAGCUCACAGUUGGCGUCGUUCAGCCCGGGCUUGAGACCGCAUGGAAGAGGGGCCUCGAAUCGAAGAAAGUGGGGGAAUCAGAUGGUCGCGCUUGGAGCUGGUUUUCUUCCCUCUUCUGUUAA